AGGCGGCUGGGAGUGGGCCCGGCUCUCAGUCAUUGGUCGCGCGGCCCCGGAGGGCGGAGGGAUGCCGCAGAGCGGUGCACAGCCAGCCGGGUGCCCACUCCCACUGCGCCCGUCGCCCGUGCACUCUGAUCGCGCUCCGCGUCCCCGCGCGGUGCAUUCCCUGGGACCGCCGUGUGGGCGCGCAUCGCCAAGACAGGGCCGCCGCCCCACCCCAACGCCAGAGUCCAGAUUCGCAUGGUCAUCUGUCCCUUCCUGGGGAGUCGCCACACGCACAUUGACGGCUGCCGUUGCUCUAUGCUGUGUCCCCUUGAGUCUUCUCACCUGUCUUCGGGUGGCUGCAAAUCCGGAUAAGUUUUUCCCUGCGCCGAACACUUCGGUUUCCCGGCAGAGCGUUCUCUGGUUCUUUGAAAAGCAGCUCAGAGCACAUUCGUGGCUGUCACUGAAGAAGCUUGGUGCCAGUCUCUGCGGACAACUGGUCCCCGAUGCUGCCUCCGCUGGAAGACCAAGACCAGUUUGCUGCGCUGAUUGGUGCUCCAGCCUGUGGUUUCUGCUGCCACCACCAUGGAAAAGCAAUGCCGGUUUCACCAGUCCUGAGCCCGGUGUGAGACUUUUGAGUGCACUUAAGUCGCGGCCCCACCCCCUCUUUGUAGAGAUGUCUGGGGCUGAGCCUUCCUCUGGGUUUGCAGGAGGUGUGGAGAAUGGAACUUUCCUGGAGCUGUUCCCCACGUCGCUGUCCACGUCGGUAGACGCGUCCUCGGGCCACCUGUCCAAUGUCUACAUCUAUGUGUUCAUAUUCCUCAGCCUCCUGGCCUUCCUGCUCCUGCUGCUAAUCAUUGCCCUCCAGAGGCUGAAGAACAUCAUCUCCUCCAGCUCCUCCUACCCUGAGUACCCGAGCGACGCCGGCAGCUCUUUCACCAACUUGGAAGUCUGCAGUAUCUCCUCCCAGAGGUCUACUUUUUCCAACCUCUCGUCGUGAAGACGUGGAAGGUGUCCCGAGCGAGCACGGCGUUGGCUUCUCCACGCAGGAGGGGCUGCUUCGUGAAAGAAAUGACCCUUCGGGUGGACCUGUGUCCCUCUUUUGUAUUUUUUAAUGUCUUUCCUGCUCGGGAUGUGCUCCGAUUGUGAGGGGAGGAGCCCAUGCUGACGGAAAUGUAUGUAAAUGUUGAGGUAUGGGAUUCACCCCAAAGUUCUUGGUCAGCCUGCAGGCCGGUCGGCACUGUGCUGGACACCAGGGACUCAGCUGAGAACCGCUGGGGAUGCUGGUUGCAGGCUCUUUGACUCGGCCUCUUCCCAAGUCCUGGGACUAACCGAGCCAGCAGACAUAAAAAAAGAAAAAGAAAAGGAGAUUAUUCAGAAGAUGUUUUCUGUAUUUAAAAGAUAAGGCAGAGAUGGUAUAUGAGAGAGGGAGGGAGAGAGAGAGAGACAGAGAGAGAACUUAGAUUUAGCAUGCAAAACGCUUCCAAAUGGAGGUUAAAAUAGGAUAAAUGUUUUUCUUUGAUUUCACCUUAGCAAAUGUCACACAUGAUGAGAAGUCAUCUGGGAACAUUCUGGGGGAGUCGAAAGCGUCAAUAGCACAAGGAAAGUGUGUCGUGAUGUGGUUUACGCUGCUUUCCUGCUCCUGGGCUGUCUCUUGGCUCGCUUUGCAGUCAUCAUGCUCUCCGGCUAUGGAAUCCCUUGUGGCAGUUGCUAUCACUACACAGAGCACGGAAGCAGUGCAAUUCAUUUUUACCUCCUCACUACCGUUCUCAUCCAGUAGGAAUUAAACGCAGAGAAAUAUCUGUUCAGCUGUAUUUUACGUAGUAAUACUCUCAGCGGCUGUGCAUUCCUUCGCGGAGUUUGUCUCUAAAGCUUUACUGCGGGGUCACUCGUCUCCAAGGAGGCAGGUGUUCGCGCAUGUGAGUUUGCAAACCUUAGGGACUGUAUUGCUGAUAUCUGUGUCACACUCCAUGAACAUCAUGUGUCUCUGAUAACUUGUUUAUGUUGACGAAACACCCUGCACUGGGUAUCUAGGGUGGGAGUUUAUACUAAAAGCUGCACACAUUGCAAUUGGGCAGCAGCAGAUACUUCAGGGCUGCUGGAAGCUGCUAGACUGAGACCAGCCACGGGUGUCCAUGAGAUGAGCUGUGAGCACAAGUGUGGUAUGUGCAGGGAAUCAAGCAAAGCCAACGGCACCUUCUUAUGGAUCAGAAUUUAAACUCCAUUUUGUAAAAUAAAUGGCCCACUGGAUGAAGGCUCUAGGAUGGCACACAAGGAAGUCGUCAAUCUCAUUACCGGGGAAGGACAUUUAAGGUAGCCUCUCCACUAUUGGUUAGAUUGCCAGUUGGUGUCAUCCUUGUAGAUCUCUGGACAGCUCACUAGUGUCAGAGAAACCCUGUCUCGUAAAAACCAAAAAAAAAAAACAUUUAAUAAUCUUAAAUAAACACUGGGAACCUCAUCACAGCCCCUGGGUGGAUUGUGCAGGCAGAACUCCCCAGGAACAGGAAUGGGAGAAAGAGUCCAGCAUUUUACAGGCCCUGCCUGGCAUCCUAGACGUGCAGAGGCUUGGAGAUCAAAAGCUGCCUCCUCCUUUUCACUCCACAAUCAAAUCAGGACAUGCUGAGCUGCUUGUGUGUCAAGGACAUCCACACACACUGUCAGACCGGUACAGAUGCUGCCCCAAAAUGUGUGGUGACAAUCACACCUCUGCGGUCACUUACGGCGUGACGUCACGCAUAGCAGAAUCUUGGUCUAGAGAAGUUCUGCAUUUUGGGAGGUGAUUACCAUUCUCUGGGAGUCUGUGGGCACAUGUAUGCCUGCAGCUAUGUAUACGAGGUGGGUGGACACAGAUACACGUAUGUCUGCACAUGUUUCCAGGGAAACGUCAUGUGACAGCCACCAGGGUUAUAGAAGCACCUGUCAUGUCACUUCUACCUUUUAAUUAUUCUUGGGCUGUUUUGAUUCUGAGAUUAUUGGGUACAGAGGUUUUUUUUCAAGACAGGGUUUCUCUGUAUUGUUUUGGAGGUUGUUCUGGAACUCACUCUGUAAACCAGGCUGGCCUUGAACUCACAGAGUGCUGGGAUUAAAGGCGUGUGCUCCACCAAUGCCCAGGUACAGAGAUUUUAAUAAACAAAAAGACAAACAUCCCAUAUGACAGAUAACCUGGUUAGGUCUUGUCCUGAGGAGGUGGCUUUAAUAUCCUGUCCUUCUAGAAUAGGUUCAAAGACUUCAGACAAGAAAACCACGCAAGUCAAAUUCACCUGCCUUUGCAGGCACAGUGCUCCUCCAGCCACGUGAUUCCUGCUCCCUGCAUCAACUGGAAUAACUGCCAGCAAGUCUCAGAGACGGAAAACAGGAGUCACCACUAAACACUGCGCAGGCUGAAAUGGGUUUGUCGUGUUGGAAAAGUUCAGGGAGACUGGAAAACAGGGAAACAAAUAAAGAGGUGGCGUCUGUUGAAA